AUGGACGGCGUGCAGUGGUGCGACAAGAGCUUCUUGGGAAAUGACUUGCGUUGGAGCAGCGUCGACGGUCGUGGCGGGCAGCUGCUCGUGUGCGGUGGAGAGUUUGCCGGAUGUCUCAAAGCGGUCCGUCCGAGGAGAGCCUGA